AUGGCAGGCCCACCAUCUUGUUCGACGACGUCGAGCACGGGUGAUGACCACCCUCUGCGUGGCAUUUACGACAUUGGUUACAUUCAAAACGAGACUGUCAUCGACAUGAACCCAACAAACCCCCAGGUGUCUAUCCACAGCAUGUUUCGACAGUCGAACUUCGCGGAAAAGGACUUCGACUACUCAAAGAUGGCCACCUCACUCCGUCUACUUACGCACUUCAUCAAGGUUUGUCUGCCAUUCUUCCACGCCAUCUUCCUUGGCUGCUCAAAGGUCGACUCGGACCGAGACCACAAAGGUCGCCAGAUGUUCGUGUUUACCGAGCCUCGGGAGAAGCUGUCACUGGGAGAUGAGCAGCUGACGUGGCAAAGACUCGAGAUCAUGAGCGAGAACCUGACUUUCGUGAGACCUGACAUUGAUGAUGGCUUCAAUGCUACAUGUCGGCCUCUGAUAAAGCCAGGUGUCUCACUAGGGUUGAAGUUGUUGGGCAGCGGCAGUGAGAUCGCCAUCUCAAACAUGCUGUACAGGGAGCUGAUUGAGUCGCAGAAUGAUCCUCGGGACAUCGUUCGGGAGCAGAUAGUCGCAUUCCACUUCGCCACCACUAUGCUGCAUGAACUCGGCCACGUAGCAUUCUUCGCCGUGGUGCCUUGGAAAUUAUACAACCACCAGGUCUUUCAACACCAAUGCCAAGGCCACAUGAUUUUCUUGAAUGAGUGGCCUUGCCCAUCUAAGAGCUUGAUGUACGUCAAAUGUGGAAUGCUAUAUGCUACUCGAGGCGAGGACAUUGGUGUCGAGGUUCAGUGGAGAACACCUUUUGUCCAUCUCCAUGUCAUGUUCCAGGACUUCUUUUGGAACGAGGUGGUCCCACAGGGCCGAGAGAUUCUCUUCUUCAAGAAAGACAUCGGGUACCGAUUUGUCGCUGAGGUUGAUGGCGCAGGCCCACCUUUUCAGCCACACCCUUCGUACACGAUAGGCAUCCCAGUUCGCUACUUUGCUGACAAGAAUGGUGUGCUGCGCAAAAGGCCGGACAAAGUGGCCCAGUUGGAUCAGUUCAGGGAUAGGGAAGCAGAGCUGUCUGGGGAUCCGCAAAAGACCGGAUCAAAGGGAGUGGUGGAUGGUUGGAGGCGGAUGACCUUGCGAGAAAAGGUCAUAGAUCGGACUGACAAGCUUCUUGCAAUGGCGCAGAAGAAGGAGAAGGGCUUCUAG